ACCUUUCCACAAGCAACCCACUUGCAACUAUUACGAAAGCUAUCCAAAAUCCAUCCUGGAGCGAUAGAAAUUUUACCACAUAAAAGUACGAAAUGGCUUCCACGAAACGAAAAGCUCCUGAGGACUCCAACUCCAACGCCAAACCCAUCUCUUUCACCGCGCGCAAUCCUCCUUGGACCUACUUCAAGCUUCAACUAAUCCACCAACCCAACACCUCCACAGCCACCAAAGCAACUCCCCUGGACCCUCUCACAGCUCGCACGCAUCUAAACACCGCCCUCUCGCAAUUCCUGGGCCUCUCCGGAACCUCAAUCCCCAUCGACAUCCUCUCGGUAACCCCCGAAACAAACAUCUCGGAACCAAAAGCAAUCGAUAAAUAUGUCUGGAUCCGCGUACCGCGGCAGGAUGCGUCUGCUGUCGUUUCCGCCGUGAGCUCGUGGAUCGGAGGAACUAGCGAGGCAGAUACCGGGGGAAGCGUGGCAUGGAGAAUCUGCGCGAAAGGUAAUUUCUUGGAUGCGCUCGUGAGAGGAGGCGGGGAAGAUUUGUUCACGUCCUAGAGUACGGAGCAUACAGGCAUAGCCUUUGGAAAGGGUGACAAAGCAACCAUCUGAAUGGAAUGAGCGCCCCGUCAGGUCAACGGUCGCACCUGCCUUCUCAUAGCUGGAUUUCGAUAUGUACUCCAAGUUGAGGAAGGAGCAACCACCUGCUGCCUCGAAAAUGUCGCUUUGGAACCCUUGGCCAGGAAGGAGCAACUUGCAUUGCGAGCUAUACGCAUGAAUAGAUGUGUACACAAUGCUAGUCCCGGUGCUUAUGUAUUGCGGCUAUCUAAUCACUCCUAGAGAUUACGCUCUUGGAGGGGAGUUUUAUAGGGUGUGAUCAAGGAGAUCACACGAGAUGAUAAUGGAGAGGAGAUGGACAAA